AUGUUCAACUUCAACUUCUUCAAGUCUACCCCGGUCAACGACCAGACUCCUACUGAGAACACCUGGAACGCCAACACUGUCACCAUGCAACCCAUGAGCCCUGCCGCGCCUUCUAGCAACCAGGCUGUUGUUGCUGAGCAGCCCGCAAGCCAAGAGCAAAUGCAGCUGCGUGGAGGUGGCGGUGGUGGUAUCUGCUGCGGAAUGUGCGCUGGUCUUCUCUGCUUCGAGUGCUGCGAGUGCUGCUGCUAA